CGGUGGGCGGGUCUAGCUGCAGGGCCCGACCGGUUUCAGACGGUAGGAGUCUGUGGUUCCUAGCUGGUGGCUGCUUGGGCGGGACACACGCGGUGCGGUGCAAGAUGGCGGAUGCAGAAGUAAUUACUUUGCCAAAGAAGCAUAAAAAGAAAAAAGACCGGAAGCCAUUACAAGAAGAUGAUGUAGCUGAAAUACAACAUGCUGAAGAAUUUCUUAUCAAACCAGAAUCCAGAGUAGCCCAAUUGGACACUUCUCAGUGGCCCUUGUUACUAAAGAAUUUUGAUAAGCUAAAUGUAAGGACAGCACACUAUACACCGAUUCCUUGUGGUUCAAAUCCUUUGAAGAGGGAGAUUGGGGACUAUAUCAGGACAGGUUUUAUUAAUCUUGACAAGCCUUCUAACCCCUCUUCCCAUGAGGUGGUAGCCUGGAUCCGACGAAUACUUCGGGUAGAGAAGACAGGUCACAGUGGCACACUAGAUCCCAAAGUGACUGGUUGUUUAAUUGUGUGUAUUGAACGAGCCACUCGUUUGGUGAAAUCACAACAGAGUGCAGGCAAAGAGUAUGUGGGAAUUGUCCGGCUGCACAAUGCUAUUGAAGGGGGUACUCAGCUUUCUAGGGCCCUAGAAACUCUGACAGGUGCCCUGUUUCAGCGACCCCCACUUAUUGCAGCAGUAAAGAGGCAGCUUCGAGUGAGGACUAUCUACGAGAGCAAAAUGAUAGAAUAUGAUCCUGAAAGAAGAUUAGGAAUCUUUUGGGUGAGCUGUGAAGCUGGCACUUACAUUCGGACACUAUGUGUACACCUUGGCUUGUUACUGGGGGUUGGUGGUCAGAUGCAGGAACUUCGGAGGGUGCGUUCUGGAGUCAUGAGUGAAAAGGACCAUAUGGUGACGAUGCAUGAUAUACUUGAUGCUCAGUGGCUGUAUGAUAACCAUAAGGAUGAGACUUACUUGCGGCGUGUUGUUUACCCUUUGGAAAAGCUGCUGACAUCUCAUAAACGUCUGGUUAUGAAAGAUAGUGCAGUGAAUGCAAUAUGCUAUGGGGCCAAGAUCAUGCUUCCUGGUGUUCUCCGAUAUGAGGAUGGCAUUGAGGUCAACCAGGAGAUUGUGGUCAUUACCACCAAGGGGGAAGCGAUCUGCAUAGCUAUUGCAUUGAUGACUACAGCAGUGAUUUCUACCUGUGAUCAUGGUAUAGUAGCCAAGAUAAAGAGGGUGAUCAUGAAGAGAGACACUUAUCCUCGGAAGUGGGGUUUGGGUCCAAAGGCAAGUCAGAAGAAGAUGAUGAUCAAGCAGGGCCUUCUGGACAAGCAUGGCAAACCCACAGAAAACACCCCUGUCACCUUGAAACAGGACUACAUUGACUACAGUGAUUCUGGCAGGAAAACACUGGUUGCUGAAGCAAUACAAACCCCUCAAUUAACUGCUGAUGUGGUAAAAGUCAUAAAAAGGAAGCGGGAGAGUGAAAGUGAUGAGAACUCUCCAGUAGUUUCCCAGUUAAUGAAGAAGGAAAAGAAGAAUAAGAAGGAUAAGAAGCCUAAAACUGUGUUAGAAAGUGGGGGCGAAGCUGGACAUGGGGACAGCAAUACCAGCAAAAAGAAAAAGAAGAAGAAAGUAAAAGUGGUGGAAGAUAUGUCUGAAUAGUAAAAGCAACUUGAAUCAUUAUGUCAAGCUGGGAAAAGAAAUGAAAGCCUUAUUGAGAAAACAUUUUGUUGAGGGAGUAGAACAGAGGUCCCAAACAGAAUACAGAGUUCUGGUACACUUUAGCUGCCACUUGUGAUCUCAGUGGUUAGGAUGUGGCCAUCUUGUCCUGUCCUGUUUUAAGGAUAUGCAAGAUGAAAAGCAGGUUUUUGCCACU